CCCAGGGAGUGCCAGGAGCCUCUGGACGGAGGCAGAGCAUUGCCUCCUGGAGCCCCGGAAGCAGAGUAGCCGCCAUGCACAUCCCCGAAAGCCUCCAGGACCUGGCUGACAGUGAAGCUGUGCAGUUUCUGAAGAGGCCAAAAACGAUCCUGCGGAUCUUCGCAGGGGUCUUCUCCCUCAUCGUCUUCUCCUCCCUGCUGACCGACGGCUACCAGAACAAGACGGGCUCUUCGCAGCUCCACUGCGUGUUCAACAGCAACAACAUUGCCUGCAGCUUCGCCGUGGGGACCGGCCUCCUGGCCUUCUUCAGCUGCCUGACCUUCCUGGCCCUGGACGCCCACGAGAGCCGCAUCGCCAGCAGCCGCUUCAAGACGGCCUUCCAGCUCCUGGACUUGAUCCUGGCUGUCCUCUGGACAGGCACCUGGUUCGUGUGUUUCUGCUUCCUGGCCAACCAGUGGCAGCGUUCGCCACCCAAAGAGUUCCUCCUGGGGAGCAGCAGCACCAAGGCGGCCAUCACCUUUGCUUUCUUCUCCAUCUUCGUCUGGAUAUUCCAAGCCUACCUGGCCCUCCAGGACCUCCGGAAUGAUGCUCCAGUCUCCUACAAGCGCUCCCUGGAUGAGGGUGGCGUGGUGCUGACCACUCUGUCCCCCCCCUCUGCUGCCAGCCCCAUCAACAUGCCCAGCACUGGCACCACCAAUGUGAAUUAUGCCAGCUCUGCCCUGUCCCCUUAUCUGACCGCUCCGAAGGUCCCCCGCCUCGUUAUGAUGCCCGACAGCUAGACCGCCUCCCCCUCAGUAAAGACA